AUAUAUAUAUAGAGUCGCAACUCAAAGAUUUUCAGCUAAACGAAGAUUUCGAUCUUGCACGGGUGUUGAACACGUCUCUUUCCUUUAUCUAUCUAUCUAUCCAUCUAUCUAUCUAUCUAUCUAUCUAUCUAUCUAUCUAUCUAUCUAUCUAUCUAUCUAUCUGUCUGUCUAUCUGUCUAUCUAUCUAUCUAUCUACCCCACCAGCUCUCUGUUUAUACAUGCCAACACACUCGUUUAUACAUACCUAUGAACUGUGAACUAACUUUAAACUGAAAAGACACAAGGCCACAUCUCCGAAAGGAAGGAAAAAACAAGAGUACAUUCAGCGACCUAUAAAAUAUGAAAGAAAAAAUUACAUCGGUAAAUCUGCAGACUCUCCAACUGCAGACUCUCCAAUCUGCAGGUAAAUCUGCAGACUCUCCAACUGAUUCCAGAAUUCUGACAAGUGACAUGACACCCAGCUGUCAAGGUUUAGAAAAUCAUUAUUUUGCAACAGACAAUUAAUCAGGUUUUUGCAAAAAUCUGCCUGGAUUGAUAUUAGGCGAAUGGCUUAUAUAUAAUAUCGAUUAUUUCAGACUGUUACAAAGAAAAGGGAAAUAUUACAAUACAUGAUACUCUCUGUCUCUCUUUGUCUCUUUCUCUCCCUCACCCCAUAUAUACAUAUAUAUACAUAUCUUCAAUAAAUACAUAUUAGUAACUCUCAUGAUAUAAGAACUUUCUGGAAUCUUAUUACAUCUGAAGGUCGCAUUCUGCUUUAAUUUUCACCAUGACUUGCUUGAAAGCAAAAUUUUAAAUUUUCUAAAACUGUGAACACACAAAAAUCCUAAAGAGAGAGAAAUAUAACAUAUUAUUAUUAUCGUUAUUAUUAUUAUUGUCAUUAUUGUUGUUUUUGUUGUUAUUGGUCUAUCCUUACGUGAUACGAAUAUUUUACCAUAAUCUUUCCAGGAUUUAAAAUAAUUCCUUCAAUAUUACAAAGAUGAAUUUCGAAGGGAAUUUAACACUUUUCAAUGAAGAUUCAUUGGAUUCGAAAUCUCUGCCACCAUGGCUCCUACUCUUUGGCAAUUCCACAGAUAAUUUUACAGAUGACAUAGAUUUUUAUCAAAAUGACACCGAACGAAAAAGGCAAUCUAACGAAUUUCUCAGCCAUAUAUUUCCCUUAAUAAUGGUUGCCUGCUACGGUUUAGUAUUCGUGGCUGGCAUUGCAGGUAACUGUUUAGUAAUUUAUGUGGUUACCAUGUUCUCCAAAAUGAAAACCGUUACUAAUAUGUACGUUGUGAAUUUGGCAGUUGCUGAUGUUCUAUUCCUAAUGAGUAUGCCAUUUUUGAUGACUACAACUAUCCUGAAAACCUGGGUUUUUGGAUACGGCAUGUGCAAGAUAUAUAUGAUAUUGGUUUCCAUCAAUUAUUUUACAGGAAUAUUUACAUUGACCAUUAUGAGUGCUGACAGAUACAUGGCAGUGUGUCAUCCCGUCCAAUCAGUCUCGAUCCGAACGCCGAAACUCGCUUUUAUUCUAUGUCUGUGUAUAUGGAUAGCGUCCGUAUUGACCAUGAUGCCAACUUUCCUCUACUCGAAAACUGUGCCGAAAUCUAACAAAAAGGGUAUCACGUGUGCCAUUUUAUGGCCAAGUGACAAACAUACCGAAGGGACUAAAGCAUUUAUUUUGUACUGCUUCUUUUUGUCAUAUGCCAUUCCAAUGGUACUGAUAUCGUUCUUUUACAUUAUGGUCAUAAUUCGCCUCAGUAAAUUAGGCCCAGCCAAUAAACAGAAAGAAAAGAAAAAAUCUAACCGCAGGGUAACUAAAAUGGUACUGGCCAUUAUCGGUGUAUACAUGAUGUGUUGGCUUCCAUACUGGACAUUACAAAUCAUCAUAAUUGCCAAGGUGUCUUUCUGGAGACCAAACUGGGGAAUUACUGCGUUUCAUCUGUUCACGUUCCUAACUUUAGCAAACAGUAUGAUGAAUCCAUUCCUGUAUAAUUUCCUUAGCGACAAUUUCCGUAAGAGCUUUUCAAAAGCCUUUAAAUGCGCAUCGAAAUUUGAAGUCAGUAAAUCUCUGACAGCAGAAAACAGUAUGUGUCCUCGAAACAACCAAUGCACGGAAUUAACCAAAUUUGACGAAGACGAAUGCCAAAAUUACGAAAUGAAGGUCACGAAGCAACAGAAUACCAUUGUCAAAGUGGAAAAUACAUUUGCUCAAGCAGAGAAAGAGACAAAUAUAGAAAGUGAGAAAUCGAAUGUGAAACAAAUUGUAAAUGACAUUGAAGAAACUUCUGGCGACAAGGAAAUUCUACAAAAUAGCGUCCUGUGAGGAGUUAUUCCUUGCCAGAAGAAAUUACUAAUAAAAUGAAGUAGAUAAAUAACAAAAUCUUAAAGACUUGAAUAAAAAACAAAGUUGAUAAUGAUGAUGAUGGUGAUGAUGAAUAUUAUAAGAAACAGGUGGAGAAAGAGAGCGUUUUUUUCAGGAAUUAUUUCUUGUUACAAGAAAUAGACAUGAAAAAUAGUUCUAUAAAAAAAUAAUAAAUCUGGAAUAAAAAAAAAAACUGCAUAUACUAUUACAACUGUGAUGAUGAUGAUGAUUUCGACGACUACUGCGACGACAAUGAUGUUGGUGUUGAUAUUAAACACUACGUCGUGUUGACAAAUUACUGAGAUAAAUCAAAAAAAAAAAAAAUUAAGAAAAAAAUCAUUAUCUGAUAUUAUGAGUCACAACCUUAAAUGGCGAAUUAUACAAACGUUUCAAAGUAAGAGCGUUUUAUUUCUCAAAGAACAAAUAAAUAAAAACAAAAAGAGAACAUGCAUAUUAAAAAUAAUAAAAUAAAACAAUAAAAAUAUUAUUUCAAAAUUUAAUAAUUACGGCAAAAUCAACCAAAAGAUGAACUGGGUUUAACACUAAAGAUACCAAACUUACAAUCUGGCAAGACCAGCGAACAUAAAAGAGAAAAAUUAAACGGCUGGUUUUUACAUAGUUUACAAUCCAGCCAAAUGUGCUGAAGAGUAAAUUUCCUGCAGAUUUGCAAGAAUAUAUGUUGAUUUAAAUUGUUAAAAGAUGUUAAUUUUGAUCGUUAGUUAUACCAUUAUUAUCUUGUCAGUAAUUCUGUUUUACUUCAAUAAUAAUUAUUGUUAUUUUGAUUGAAUUCUCUGUAAAUGGAAAUACAAAAUUUACUUGAUGUUACUUUAUAUAUCUAUGUUCCAACAACACGCGAAUGACAGAAUUACAUGUAGUUACAGGCUAUACAAGUACAUAUAUAUAUAUGUGUGUGUGUGUGUAUAUGUGUGUACUUAUAUGUAUAUACAUAUGGAUAUGUAUAUAUAUGCGUUUGUGUGUGCGUAUAUAUAUAUGCAUAUAUAU